AUGGCUCUGGUUCUGCCUCUGAGGACCUGGAGCCGCGGGCUGGCCAGUGCUGCCCAGGGCGGCCACGGCGGGGCCGGAGGCGGCACGUGGCGCCUGCUGACGCUGGUGCUGGCGCUGCCCGGCGUGGCGCUCUGCUCCCUCAACUGCUGGCUGCACGCCGGCCACCACGAGCGCCCCCCCUUCGUGCCCUACCACCACCUGCGCAUCCGCACCAAGCCCUUCUCCUGGGGGGAUGGCAACCACACGCUGUUCCACAAUCCCCACGUCAACCCGCUGCCCACCGGCUACGAAAGGCCCUGA